AUGCUGUCCUAUGCGGGCAACCUAUGGUAUCAAUUCAAGAUGGGGUCGUUUGAUACGGCAAUGGCGGUUAAGAGUCUAGAAUUAGAAAAGAACGGAUAUCCAAGCACAAUCAGAAAGCAGGAUGUUUUGCCGAUCAACGGCCGGGCAGACGUGCAGCCCGAAAUGCUCCGUUGGAGUAAGAACUAG